AUGCUUCCUGUGCAAUUUCAGUACUAUGAUCCAGAACUCUACCCCUCCAUGAAAGAGCAGAAGAAUUUUGAAACGAACGUCUUCAACAAAACACAUAAAGCUGACAAUGAAAUUGCUUUCUUAGAGGGAAUGACGAUAGUCUACAAGAGCAGCAUAGACUUGUUCUUCUAUGUAGUUGGCAGCGCUCAGGAGAAUGAGCUCAUGCUGAUGGCAGUGUUGAACUGCUUGUUUGAGUCUCUCAGUCAGAUGUUGAGGAAGAAUGUGGAGAAAAGGACUCUGUUGGAUAACAUGGAUGGAGUGUUCCUUGUGGUGGAUGAAAUCAUCGAUGGAGGGGUGAUCCUAGAGAGUGACCCCCAACAGGUCAUUGAGAAGGUCAACUACAGGGCAGAUGACAAUCCAUUAUCAGAACAGAGUGUGGCACAGCACAUCACUGAAAAACUGGCUCUCACCUCUAAUGUGUUACAGUCAGCAAAGGAGCAGAUCAAGUGGUCAAUUCUAAAAUAGCAUUUUCCAUGACCUGAAGGAAUCUGUAAAUUAUUGCAAGGGAAUUUAAUAUAUAUAUUUUUUUCUUUUUUAAUGAGUUGUAAUUUAAUUAAUUAUUGAAGUAAUGCAGUUGCAUCUCACGUUUAGUGCUGAAAUAUGUCUAUUUAUUUUUUUUUGCCAAAGAGUAAAUUAGGUCAUUUGUGUUUUUUAAAUGAUAUGAUAGGAAGAUUGCUUACUGGGUUCUGAACCACACAUACCUGUCUAUUUCCAAAGCAGCUUUAAAGCAAUCACAACUCUUUUUAACCUCUGCAAAUAUUGAUAUACUGCUGUUCAGUUUAGAGGAGGUACAGGCAUGUCUUCUUUUAGCAUAGCCUGUCAUUUAAAUGGUCACAGGUCUAAACUUGAUUGUCUAAACUUGUAUUGGUCUUUCAUCAGUUUUGUUAUUUUGGUUAUGCUUUAAAACCUUUUGCCAAUAUAAUAAUAAUAAUAAUUUACAAAGUUCUGUUACACUAAGUCUAUAUUUUGCUAUUUUAAAAUGUAUGUUUUUUUGUUCAAAUGGGGAAAAGGCAAUAUUAUGAAAUUGAUAUAGUCAGAUAGAGGCAUUAAUAUAAUGAUAUAACCCACUAUAGUAAUAAUAAUAAUAAUAAUAAUUGUCUGAUAAGCCACACCUAUGUGUACUUUAGAAAUAUGGAAAGUAAUAGCAUUUAGUAGGUUUAAAAAAAAAAAGUGUUGUGUUUUGGUCAAUAGUAACAUUUCCAUAAAAACAAUAUAUUUAAUUUUCUAGUAAAACAAAUUGUGUACAUUCUGCUGAUUUGUUAAAAAAAAAUGUUUUUGUUAAAAACAUGGUUUCAGAAAAUAAU